CGCAUGCCCAGUGCUAGCCGUGUCCCGGGGUGUCGGAGCAGGACGCGCAUGCGCAGUGUCCCCGGCAGGUCGGCCGCCCGGCCCCGGGGAGAACGGCGGCUCCAUGGGAGGAUGAAGGAGAUGGUUGGAGGCUGCUGCGUGUGCUCGGAUGAGAGGGGCUGGGCCGAAAACCCGUUGGUCUAUUGUGACGGGCACGGGUGCAAUGUGGCGGUGCACCAAGCUUGCUAUGGGAUUGUACAGGUUCCCACGGGGCCAUGGUUCUGUCGAAAAUGCGAGUCCCAGGAGAGAGCCGCCAGGGUGAGAUGUGAUCUCUGCCCACAUAAAGAAGGGGCGCUGAAAAGAACGGACAACGGAGGUUGGGCGCAUGUGGUAUGUGCGCUCUAUAUCCCAGAGGUUCAGUUUGCCAAUGUCCUUACAAUGGAGCCCAUAGUCCUGCAGUAUGUACCGCAUGAUCGCUUCAAUAAGACCUGCUAUAUAUGUGAAGACCAGGGACGUGAAAGUAGAGCUGCAUCUGGGGCCUGUAUGACUUGUAACCGACAAGGCUGUCGUCAGGCAUUCCAUGUGACAUGUGCUCAGAUGGCCGGUCUUUUAUGUGAGGAGGAGGCUCAAGAAGUGGAUAAUGUCAAGUAUAUUGGAUACUGCAAAUAUCACUUCAACAAGAUGAAAGUAUCCCGCCUCCCUUGUCCUUUCAUCCCUGGACGGUGUAGUCGGUCAGGUUCCCCCUCUCUGGAGAAACCUCUCUUGUAUAGAGAGCGACAGAAAAAGAGUCACAAGGACAGGGAGAGAGUUCGGCACCGGAAGCAUCGUGAUUCACCAGGUCACAUUACCACCCCUCCCUUGCUGUCCAUAUCCACAGAGAAGCUUGAAAGCAGCACAGAUAGUCCAGAUGUCACACGGUCAGAGAUGAAAGGAAAGAAGCCAUCAGGUCACCGAGGUCGCAAAACAGGAAAUGGCAAAGGGACUUCGGGAGCUGGUGGUGCUUCUUCUACGGGUAGUGUUUCCUCUCCUCCUGACUUGGUGAAUUUCCCUAAAUUAGAAGAGCAGGAGGAGGAAGAGGAGGAAGAUGGAGGAGAAGAUGAUGAUGAUGAAGUGGGAAGACCUUCCAGACCCACACCAUCCUCUCCGCCAGAGCUCACCUUCUCCAGCUUUGGCUCCAUCAUGCGUUUCUCCAGUGAGCCGUCAUCGCACACCCGGCCAUGGGAUUCCUCUCCAAGUGAGCACAGACAACAGAAGUGGAGCAGAGAAGGAACUGAGCCCGCAAGAGAGAAAAAACACAAAGCUAGCAGAAAAAGCAGGCAUGGUCCUGGAAGACCCCGGGGGAGUAAGAACAACCCACCACAUAGCAUUGCCUCCUCCACAUUGCCCCUGCCUCCUCGGCAUUAUAUGCACACUUCUUCUCUGCACUCUCUCAGUAUGGAUUCACCACUGCUGUCCACAGGUAUCUACACCAGUAACAAGGACCCCAUCUCCGUGAGGACAGCCUGCAGCACCCCACUCCCCUCCAGUCUCUUGUCUCACCAAAGCUCCCUGCCUCCAUACAGCAGAGCCUGCUCCAUCACUCCAUCUUCCACAGCCUCCACCACACAGGUGUUCUCACUGGCAGGCUCCACAUUCAGCAUCCCCUCGUCUCACAUUUUUGGAAGCCCCUUAUCCAUGCCCCCGCUCCUCAGCCAGGUUGAAAGCAGUAGGACAGAGCCAGAGAUAGAAGAUUGCAGUUUUCUUUGUAGAGAAGGUUCUCCGCGAGAGAGUUUGUCCUCCAUGUCACCCAUCAGUAACCUCCCACCCCUGUUUGAUUCAAGUGGCCCUACUACUCAAGGCGAGAAUGUACCACAGAUCACAGCCAACCUUGAGCAACUGCUGGAGAAACAUGGAGAGGCAGGAGUUAACAUCGUGGACAUGCUACAGGCGCUGCAUUCUCUGCAGAAAGAAAAUCGCUCUCUGCAGGAUCAGAUUAUGACCCUUACUGCUCGGAAGGAGAAACUGCAGCUACUCAAUGUCCAGCUGUCAUGUCCUUUCCCCCCUAACCUACCACCGGCCAGUGUCCCUAAUGUGAGCUUCCAGGACUCUAUGAGCAAUAAGAGUCCAACUUCCAAGAGCAGCAUUCGUACAGAAAAUUCACCUUCUGAGGACCCACAUUCUGGCUGCCCCAGCAGAAGCAGCUCCUGUCUAUCCUUACAUGGCACUCCACCCCCAGGUCCUCUAUCUCAGACAGGUUCAUCACUUCCCACCAUGGGCGCAGAACAACUAAUGAAUGGGCUGGCACGAACCACAGGCCCUGGAGGCCCCUCCACUCUGGCAGCCAUUCCUCUUCUUGGAGCUCUUUCUGGGAACUCUGCAGCACUGUCACUAAGUAGCAUUUUGGGAAGUAUCAAUGGUGGUCUUCUGGGGACGACAGGGCAGACCCAGAAUCCUCUGUGCAGCGGGACUGCCAGCACACAUAUACCAACCAGCUUCUCCCCACUGAGCACAUUGUCAGAACAACAGCGGCAACUAGCACAACAGUUGCAGCAGAUCACUACUGCUCAUCUCACUGUGGAACAACAAAAUGUACUAUACCAACUCGUUCAACACAUCCAGCAGCGUCGGGACCUACAACGUCUGAUGACAUCACCAGCUGCCCCGUCUCUGCUCCCUGUGACAUCAACAUGUAGCACCAUGGCCACUUCACCCGCCCCUCCCAUCCUCACUGCACAAGCCCCCCCCUUCCAUGGAUCCCAAGGCGAGGGGGGGGUACAAAAAACAGCAAGGGGCGGUGAAAAAACACCUACAAAUCAUGACAAAGGAUGAAGAAAACACCCAGCGUCCACCACAGCUGACCUGUCUCUAUCCAGCUGAAGAGGAUUGGAGUAGGAGAGAGAAGAUGUUCAGAAACUUCUGAAGAUGGAUUGGAUUCCCAAAUCACAGCACAUAUCUACAGAGCAAUGUCUUAUCUUUAUUGGCCUGUAGCAGAGGUGAUAUAAUGCAGAGCAACUUGUUCUAUUGUAGCAGAGCACUUUUUUUGAUGUAUGUGUCAUACAGAUAUCUUUGCUUCCCAGUACAUAUAAAGCAGUACAUUGAAUGAAGAUGUUAGUAUGUGCGUGUCAUAGAGCACUGUGACUGUGUGUGCAUUAUUAGAUGUUACACGCCACUGUGACCUCUUAUCUUACAUCUACAUAGGGAGUCUGAGCCACCUCUUCUCCUCUCUUAUUUUUCUCCCUUUUGAAAGUCGAAUUUUGUGCAUUCGACCUUUUAGAACUCCAUGCCUUUUUCCGUUCUCCAGCGCCAGGGGCGGAGCCUGAAGCACCUUGUGAUACAAAGUAUCAGUCCACGUGAAGGAUGAUUGCUGGCAAGUUCUUCUCUCAGUUGCACUGUCCUUGUGUUUUUUUAUGGACAUGAGACCCAUAUUUUAUAGGUGUGUGCGUUCAUAUGUAUUUUUAUUGGACACAUAUAUACUUAUUUUUGUUGUUGUUCAUAUGAUUCUGAUCCUCCGUGUUUUUGUGAGUUGUUUGUUCACGAAGCAAUAUAUGUAGCGGUUUAUUUGUGAUUCCAUUAGCGCAAAGUGUAGAUACUUGUUCAUUUGUGUCUUUUGGGGAAAAUAGGAAUUUAUUGAUCCCUUUAUAGGGGACUUGGCUUCUGUGUAAUGUAAACAUACACAUAAAUAUGUAAGAAAAUUCUCCAGAGCAUUCAGUAGCCCAAGAUUUGUCACCUUCCACAAGUCGCUUUAUGCAUCUCAAUGACUGUAAUGUACAGAAAUGAAAAUAUUUUCAGUUUAGGCAAUCUUACGGGACCUGUGGCUGGCAGAACAUGCUCCUUUAAGUUCUGAAGUCAAGUCAAGUUUGUCUGCACUUGCAUUAGAAGAUAGGACAUUUCUCAUCUGUUCUUAUAAUGCUGGGCAUUUUAGUGUUGUGUAAGACUGACACAAGAUGUUUUAUACAGUCCCUGACAUUAAGGAUUUUGCAGCUUCCUGAUAACCUGGUUUUUGUUCUUGGAUAUAGCUCAGGUAACCCGUGGCUGUUGUCUCAGCGUGCUUGUUACUAGUAAGGCAUGUUGGGAUUUAUUGGCUCCACAAAACCUGCAGAACCACAGGUCAAAUCAUUUUCAUAAACAUGGAUUCUAAAGGGUGAAUUUGUCCCUAAGUAAUACACAUGUUCUUCUGAUAGGUAGCCUAGCAUGUGCUGCCAUUUGUAUCAUUCUGGCAAGAGUUUUUUUAAGUGCUUUGUAUAUUUUGGAGUGAUUGCCAGGACCUUGAUGGUAUACGUUUAGUGUGGCAGUGUUGACAGUUCCUUUAACCACUUGCCUGACAUGGUCGCAUCAGUGGUUAAAGGACUGAGGCGACCUUUAACCACUGUUACAUGUCGCAUCAGUUUGCAGCGGCAGGGAUGAGAAACUUCCCUCCACUGCUGCUGUCUCAGACUCCCUACACCGCCCUCUCAGUGUUUGCCGUGCUGACGAUCAGCAAGACCCCCCACCCAGCGGCUGCAGACAAUAGCAACCGCUGGGGAUGUGUAAAUAAACCCCCCCAAGCCCUCCCCCCCUACCCCUGUGUACCUGGUGGCUGUCCUGACAUUUAAAAUGAAAGCCGUGAUGGUCGCGAUGUUUCCGAUAGUCGCAAUGUUCCGAUGUUGGUGGCUGAUGUUCCGAUGUUUGGGAAGAAUUAAAAAAAAUUACUAAAAUCAUUUUGAAUAAGAUUAAAUACACAUUCUACAAUUAAUUCACUCAUUAAAAAAAACAAUUUGUUAUGUGGUUAAAGGCGUGGGGGGAGUGUGCCCAACAAGAUCAGUUCUCUUGUUGCUGUCUCUGAACUCAUUUGGAUUUGGUACAACUUCUUUUUGAGUAUUAUAUCAGUACUUACCAAUCACACAUUAGCCUUCAUCUUCUACAGUAUUUGCUGUGGGCAACAUCAUCUUGUUCUUAUUCGUCUAUUUCCAUAAAUGUUCCCAGUAUGUGGCUAUACAGAUCAGCAGGGACAGCAACAUCCAUUAUGUAAGACUCAACCUCCUUUGCCAACCAUUACCUGCCAGGCCAUGAUGUAACAUGUACAUCUAGAGAGCCACCGGAUUCCUAACAGUAUCUUCAAGAAUUCAUUAUUUGAAACUGUUUUUUCCAAAAAUGUUAUUGUGGUUUUGCGGAGCAGAUAUAGAAGAUUAAAGAGGCAAUCUAUAUUAUAGUAUACAUUAUACAUAAUAUACACUGCAUGUCUCUGAAAUGGCAAAAUCAUUUUUAAAACUCAGGCCCUGACUCAGAGAUGUAGGCAAAGGCAUUUGCAACUGCGGAUUUGUACACAGCAACGGUGCGGGAAUAUACUAAAGUUGCAGCCGCCUGGAUUUGCAUUGUGAGUCCCAGUGGUUGCGUACAAAGACGCUGCAUCAGGCGCAGAUCAGUCCAUUAUCAAAGUUCUGAGUAGCCCCAUGGUAGCGAGCAUGGCCGCAGGAAGUAAGACACUGGAGACAUUGCAGCUGCGUAUGAGAUCACAGAUGUAGCCUUAAACAGGCCACCAGAAUGGUUGCAACACGCCUGCGUUUUUGCCACCACUCCACCUUUACCUUCCCAAAUGGUUCCUGACUGUCAGUGAUUUUGCAAAUAAAUUCUCUCUGCAACCACCACCGCAAGUACAUCAUGGCACAUGAGCAGAGCGACUUACAUGUGUGCACAGAUCACCGAUAAUCUGUCAAUUGUAAAAAAAAAAAAAAUUGGGCAUCUCUG